AUGUUCCGCAAACGGUUUGGUCACAGAUACAAGCAAAGUGCCGACGAAAAAAAUUUUUCAUGCACAAUAAGAUUUUUAGAUGAUUCAGAACCUCUAUCUUUCUCCUAUCAGAAAGAUACAAAAGGACAAGAAAUUUUUGAUCAAGUUUGUCACUGCUUAGACUUGUUUGAGAAAGAUUAUUUUGGAUUGAGAUAUAUUGAUAUUGAAAAACAGAGGCACUGGCUUGAUUUGCUGAAACCAGUUUACAGACAGCUGAAAUUUGUUGAUCCACUUGUGCUAUGCUUUCGAGUGAAAUUUUAUCCAUCAGAUCCCACAAAACUGAAAGAAGAAAUUACAAGGUAUUUCUUAUUCUUACAACUGAGAAGGGAUCUUCAUCAUGGGAGACUGUUAUGUUCACAGAAUGAUGCCAACCUCCUAGCUGCUUUCAUAAUACAAUCUGAAAUUGGUGAUUAUGACAAUGAAGAAAGAUUAACAAAUUAUGUUGGUAAAUUCAAAAUGUUGCCAAAACAGUCACAACGCCAGGAAGAGAAAAUAAGAGAACUCCACAAAUCUUUUAUAGGCCUGACACCCGCUGAAGCAGAGAUGAAGUUUCUAAUAAAAUCGUGCAAACUGGAAACUUAUGGUGUUGACCCUCACCCUGUCAAGGACGGAAGCGGCAAUCUUAUUUAUUUGGGAAUCAAUCAUUUGGGAAUAGUGACCUUUCAGGGGAAUAAAAGGACCCGUAUUUUUAAUUGGUUUGUUGCAUUAUACAAUUACAUUGCUUUUACCGUAUGUUAG